CUCUGCUCAUCGUCCUUUACCGCUGAUGCCUAGACUUGUUCUUUUUUAGAAACUCUACAUGAUAGCUACCUUCAGUCCAAGCUUGAUAUUGCUGGCGCGUAGGUGGAAGGAGGUUCCUUCGCGGUAGCAGGAGAUCGCAAUGGCGUUCGCACAAAUCCCGACGACGAUGAACCCGGGGAAUGUCAGCCAGGACAUUCCACCAUUGGUUCGGUGCCACAAGCUCUGGGAUAACCAAACAGCUCGCUUUACGCCUUGUGCGCUACCAUAUGUCGCCACUUUCCCAGCCAUCUUAGGCGCAAUCGUGCUGUUGACUUAUGCGUUACGAAUUUUCAACGCAUACAAGCCAAAAUGGACGAAGCCGUUUAUCACGGAAGAGAAAGAGAACUCAGACGAGCUGGGCUCCAUGCUCUGGAGACAACCGCUGUCUGGAACAUUCGGGCUUCUGGUAGUUUCAAUGGUUGGACUCACGAUGCAGCUGUUAGCCAGCUUUCUCCCCAUGUUCUACUAUAGCGGGAUCUAUCCUUCAGUUGCUUGGGUAAUCGCCAUCAGUGUUAUUAUCAUGGAGCGCCCAAGGGCGGCUUCACUCUCGCUUAUAACUCUGUAUACGGGAAUAUUUCUUGAACGACUCGUCGUCCUCUCUCAUGGAUCACAAUUGGAACCACUGUAUGCGCCGGAUUUCCUGGCAGCAGUAGCGGCAUUGCUUGGCAUGCUGAUUGUCCUCAAUAUGCCUCUGCGCGAUCCAGCUCUGCCGAGUGAGGGUAUCAGUCCCGUCGAUACUCCGCCGACCGUCGACUUGCGGACACCAGAAGACAAUCUGACACCUUUCCAGUACAUGACUGUGUCAUGGAUGAAACCUUUGAUUAACAAAGGGAAGACCAGAGAAAUGAGCGAUGCAGAUGUGUGGGAUCUGGGAUACGAAUACAAGCACGAGCGACUCCACAACACCUUUCGCGUCCUUCAAGGCUCUGUAACGAAGCGGGUAUUCUUUGCCAAUGGCAUGGAUCUGCUUAUUACCACGUUAUUAGGGCUUCUCCAACUAGCUCUAACAUUGGCAAUUCCCGUACUACUACAGCAGUUACUUGCGAGCAUGCAAGGUUCGAACGCUAAUGGCAACGCCACCAUUACAUAUGCUUGCAUUGCGUUAUUCUUCCGCUUGCUCAAUGCCCAGACCCAGGUGUUCGUUAUCUGGCAUCAGCGAAGAGCUUAUGAGCGGUCACGGGGCGAGAUGAUCACAAUGCUUUUCGAAAAGACUCUUAACAGAAAGAUCUUGGGCGCAAAGCAAAAGUCAGAAGAGGGACAGCCUAACGGGCACACCAACGGAGAUCUGAAUGGAGCCGUCAAUGGCCACACCGAUGAAGCGUCUGCCAAAGGACGCACCUGGCCAGGCCAUGUUCGAUGGGCUUUCCUAGGCCCACUUUUGUUCAUUCGGAACCUCUUUACGAAGAAACCGGCGGAGCCAGAUAAGAAAGACGACGAAGCUGCAUCUAUGGGGAAAAUUCUGAACCUCAUGCGGAAUGAUGUGUAUGAGGUGUCUCAGCGCUUCUGGGAAUUCUCCGACAUCAUUACGAAACCAGUAGGGGUUAUCUUUGCGACACUUCUAAUCUGGAGGAUGCUCGGAUGGGCCUGCUUGUUGGGCGUUCUAGCAUUGUUUGUGACUCAAUCGCUCAAUGUCGUUCUUGCUCGCUACAAAGUGUACUUUGAGAAGAAGCGUAGAGUUGCUACAGAUGAAAAGUUGCAGCGGAUUAAUCAGUUCAUCGAAUCGAUCCGGCACUUGCGCUGGUAUGGUUGGCAGGAUUCGUGGUUGAAUGGAAUACUCGAAUCGCGCCAAAAGGAACUGCACCUCCGCGUCAUACUGAUAAUUUUCGAAACAACGUUGGCUUUCGUGGUCAAGUUCGGUGUUGGUAUGUUUCCCCUGGUCGCAUUCUAUGCGUAUACGAAGUUAUCUGGUAAAUCCCUCCGCGUCGACCUUAUCUUCCCGGCUAUCGACUUAUUCAACCUUUUGGAUUCUUAUCUCCGCGAAUUGCCCAGAAUGGUUACGACAUUGCUCAAUGCUUAUGUUGCAAUGGGUCGAAUUGAGUCAUUCAUGCAAGAACCCGACAAAGAAGAGAACGACUUGGUCCCAGAAGGCACCGCUGAAUUGAGCUUCCAAAAUGCCUCCUUCGCCUGGCCUGGCGUAGAGAAAAACGUAUUGAGCGACAUUACUCUAGCUUUUCCACGUGGUCUUACUGUCAUAUACGGAGAGGUGGCAUCGGGCAAGACAGCUCUUCUGCAGGCCCUUCUAGGAGAGCUCGACAAGACUGCUGGCGAAUUCGUACAACCGGACGAGAUCAUCGGAUACUGUGCUCAGACGCCUUGGCUGCAAAGCAUGAGCAUUCGAGAGAACAUCCUUUUUUCGUGUCCAUACGAAGAAGGACGCUACAAGCAGGUUCUUGAAGCAUGUGCACUUCUUCCCGACAUGGCUGAGUUCAAAUCUGGAGACCUUUCUAAUAUCGGUGAGAAUGGAAUCGGCCUUUCAGGCGGGCAGAAGGCUCGAGUAGCGCUCGCACGUGCGGUGUAUAGUCCGGCGAAGGUAAUUAUGCUCGACGACCCACUCUCGGCGCUCGAUCAUCAGACUGCAGAGUUCAUCGUUCGCAAACUGCUUGCCGGCCCACUCAUGGCCGAACGCACUAUCAUCUUGGUCACGCAUCGUACAGAGCUCUGCCACGGUAUUGCAAAGCAGUGGGUAGAAUUGAAUCACGGCGAAGCUACGAUCCAUGAGCCUGCUCCUGAAGAAGAAAACGCGCUCAAACGCCAGGAGACCCAAGAAUCAAUUUCGGAAGAAGAAGCCAAGAAGCGCGAGGAAGCCCAGGCAGCCGCUGUGCCAGACAAGUUCAUCGAAGAUGAGCACCGUGCAACCGGAACCGUCAAGCUCCAAGUCUACUGGCGAUACAUCAGAGCUGGAACCUUCCUCUGGUGGUCCGUUGCGAUAUUCGUCAUGGUUCUCUAUCGUUUUGUAGAUAUUGGUCAAGGAUGGUAUGUCAAAGCGUGGGGUGAAGGAUACGACCACGAUCAUCCGAGAGGCACGUUCAAUUUUCUCCCCCCACCUGGCCAGGACGUUGUACCUUGGCUUAUCGGAUUCUUUGUCAUCGCUUGCAUCACGUCCGUGACGUUCUGGUGGGUCUACAUUGUCAUGUACGGCGUCGGAUACCAAGCGGCGAAGACGAUCUUCAAAGAGGCCAUCGACAAAGUUGCGCAUGCCACGUUCCGUUUCUACGAUGUCACUCCGGUAGGGAGACUGAUGAAUCGCCUCACAUCGGACAUGAACACCAUCGAUGGACAUCUGAGUUUCAUCUUCACAAUCGUUAUAUGGCAGGCCGUCGGCUUCAUCAGUUCGAUCGUAAUUAUUUUGACCGCGGCCCCAGCCUUCCUGGCUUUCGGAGUUGUUCUAAGUUCAUGCUACGUAUACUACUUCAGACUAUUCUUGCCAACGUCCCAGACUUUACGUCGUCUCGAGAUGGUGUCACUCUCUCCUUUGAUGUCCAACUUCGGCGCCCUCGUUGAAGGCCUCACUACAGUCCGCGCCUUCUCUGCCCAGCCACGCUUUCAAUCCAACGUCAUCACUGUAGUCGACAACUUCCAAGCAAAAGAUCACUUCUACUGGUCUCUGCAAGCUUGGCUCGGCCUCCGCUUCUCAACACUAUCCGCCUCCUCGACCCUCGCCAUGGCCAUCAUUGCAGUCUACACAGGCAUUUCGCCCGGUCUCACCGCCUUCGUCCUCAUCACCGCAAGUAAAUUCGUUAUCCAGACCGAACAGCUCUGCAAAAUCUACGGUCAGCUUGAAAUGGACUUCACCAGCGUAGAGCGCGUCGUCGAGCUGCUCGACCUCGAGACCGAAGCUCCCGGCGUCGUCAACCCGCCCGCCCACUGGCCCACUUACACCGGCGAUAUCGUCUUCGAGAAUGUCACCAUCCGGUACGCGCCAAACCUCGACCCUGCACUGCACGAUAUCAGCCUACGGAUCCCUGCGGGCUCACACACGGCCGUCAUUGGGCGCACAGGUAGCGGCAAGUCCACGCUCGCGCUCUGCCUUCUCGCCACCAUCGCGCCUGAGGCGGGCCAGAUCUUCAUCGACGGCGUCGACAUCGGUACCGUCAACAAGCAGGCGCUGCGCAACCGCGUGACGUUCCUCGCGCAAGAACCCGUCCUCUUCCCCGGCUCCAUGCGCAAGAACCUCGACCCCCUCGACGAAUACAGCGACGCAGCCUGCGAAGCCGUGCUCUCCAAGAUUGCCGGGAACCACGACUGGAAGCUCUCGACCUCGGUCGAGGGAGGUGGGAAGGGCCUCAGCCAGGGCCAGCGCCAACUCGUUGGCCUCGCGCGCGCGAUGCUGCGCCGGAGUCCUGUACUCAUCAUGGAUGAAGCCACGGCUUCCAUCGACUUUGAAACCGCACAACGCAUACAGAGUGUGCUGCGGGAGGAGAUGCGGGAGAGUACCGUGAUUACGAUCGCGCAUCGGUUGGAGGCGGUGAGGAAUGCGGAUUAUUGCGUUGUGCUGGGGAAGGGGAAGUUGGUGAAGAGUGGCAAGGCGGUGGAUAUGUUGAGAGAAGGGGGCGAGUUUACGGGGAUGUUGGCGCAGUAAAGGGGAGGUCUUGUGGGGAUGGUACUAGAUUGCAAGGCGUUUGAGCGGGAAAAUGUCUCUUUUCUUUUGGGUGUGAGCAGUUUAACGAACCAGUAUACGUAG